ACACGAGAGCCGUCGAGGUGGUUGGCCAGUCGUGUUGCGCCGCCGUAGUUAUUAAAGCAAAGUGAUCGGAACGUUCAAGUGGUUUUGCACUCGUACACAGUCGUACCAGAUACUCAACAAACUCACAACAAUGGCACUGUCCCAGUUUAUGAAACUGGCCGCACGUCCAGCAUGCCGUGCGCUGUCGUCGAAGGCGGCCCCCGCACUGGACGUUUCGUCGACCGGGCCCUGCUUUGCGCUGACCGACGAGCAGCGCGAGAUCGUGGACCUGACGAAGAAGUUUGUGCGCGAGGAGAUCAUCCCGGUGGCGGCCCACCACGACAAGACCGGCGAGUACCCGUGGGCCAUCAUCAAGAAGGCGUGGGAGCUGGGCCUAACCAACAGCCACAUCCCGGCCGACAUUGGUGGAACUGAAAUGUCGAUCGUGACGAGCUGCCUGGUGGCGGAACAGUUUGCGUACGGCUGCACCGGCAUCAUGACCGCCAUCGAGGCGAGCGGGCUGGGACAAACACCCGUCAUCAUUGCCGGCAACAAGGAGCAGCAGAAGAAGUAUCUCGGCCGGCUGCUGGAGGAACCGCUCGUGGCGGCCUACUGCGUCACCGAGCCGGGCGCCGGCUCGGACGUGAACGGGGUGAGAACGCGCGCCGAAAAGAAGGGCGACGAGUACAUCCUGAACGGGCAGAAGAUGUGGAUCACGAACGGUGGCGUCGCCAACUGGUACUUUGUGCUGGCCCGCACCAAUCCCGACCCGAAGUGUCCCGCCUCGAAAGCGUUCACCGGGUUCAUCGUGGAGCGCGAUACGCCUGGCCUGACGCCCGGUCGCAAGGAGCAAAACAUGGGCCAGCGGGCGUCCGACACGCGCGGCAUCACGUUCGAGGACGUGCGCGUGCCGAAGGAGAACGUGCUGGUGGGCGAGGGGGCGGGCUUCAAGAUCGCGAUGGGUACGUUCGACAAGACGCGCCCGCCGGUCGCGGCCGGUGCCGUCGGGUUGGCCCAGCGCUGUCUGGACGAGGCGCUGAAGUAUUCGCUCGAGCGCAAAGCGUUCGGUGUGCCGAUUGCGGCCCACCAGGCAGUUUCGUUCAUGCUGGCCGAUAUGGCGAUCGGCGUGGAGACGGCCCGGCUCAUCACGAUGAAGUCGGCCUGGGAGGUGGACCAGGGCCGCAGGAACAGCUAUUACGCCUCGAUCGCGAAGUGUUACGCGUCGGACAUUGCGAACAAGAUUGCGACCGAUGCGGUGCAGGUGUUCGGUGGCAACGGAUUCAACAGCGAGUACCCGGUGGAGAAGCUGAUGCGCGACGCGAAGAUUUACCAGAUCUACGAGGGCACGUCGCAGAUCCAGCGGUUGAUCAUCUCGCGCAACAUGAUCGAUGCUGCCAAGCAGCAGGCGUAAGAAGCGGCGGCGCUUGUCGCUGACGGUCGUUUGUCGUACUUCAGACACAUCUCGUUAUACAGUUAUACAGUGGGCUCGAUGCCACGCGUGCAUUAUUCGUUUUUAUUUCUGUUUGCUUUUUCCCCCUCCAUGUUAAGAUCAUGCAUCACUACAAAAAAAUGGUAUCCACAUAGACUGGGUGUAAUAAAGAUCAUAUUUUCUUAAGGA